GGUCGCGUCGACGACGUCAGAUCAGGCAGGAAGGCACCAGGGGUGCGCAAGCUAGAUUUAGUGAGAUACCCCGCCUCGUCAAAGAGCCUUUUCAUGGUGGCAGCCAGCAGCAUCGGGCAGUAUUUGGCUUCGUGAAGCUUCAAUGUUCCAAAGACUUCAUUAACUCCUGGUGCUCCGUCGGUUCAUCCGACGACAUGUUACGCACCACACUGGUCUAUCACACACAGCUAGCAAUGCUAUGUUGUGCGCCUUAAGUCGCUUGUCAGUGCGUCCGGUGAUGAGUGAGCUUUGAAAUCGGGGCCAAUCACAGCCACCUCAAGUGCCUCUCGUCAGUCGUUCUCUCUGCAGCUUCACCGCCAUAGCAACUGUAUCUACGACUUCAUAACAUAUUUUCGAGUCUAUACUCUCGUUCUUAGCCUUCUAUCAUGGCUCCUGGAGUCGUCAGUUCCCAGGAGCAAGUCAUACACUCAAGCGGAAAUACCAACGGCUGCCCAGACCUCCGUUUCCUGCACUUCAAUGAUGUCUACCACGUCGACUCGUCUUCAGCAGAACCAGUCGGUGGCUUUGCGAGGUUUCAGACCCUCCGCAAUUACUACCAUAGCGACAAGAAGUUUCAGGGCCAGCCAGAAUUGCUCACAUUCUUCUCGGGUGAUGCUUUCAAUCCUAGCUUGGAAAGCAGCGUAACGAAAGGGAGUCAUAUGGUGCCAGUACUAAACAAUAUUGGAACCGAUGUCGCUUGUGUAGGAAACCACGAUCUUGACUUCGGUGUUAGACAAUUCCGAAACUUGACCGCCCAGUGUGACUUUCCAUGGCUACUCGCAAACGUCCUAGAUCCCGCGCUGGGCGAGAACGAGCCUUUGGGCAAUGCGAAGAAGACUGUGAUGCUAACAUCUUCAAAUGGCAUAAAAGUAGGCGUGAUUGGCUUAGCCGAAAGAGAAUGGCUAGACACUAUCAACUCCCUACCUCCGGACAUUAUCUAUAAAUCUGCCUCACAAACCGCGAAAGAGCUUGUGCCGGGGCUGAGGGAACAAGGUGCUCAGAUCAUCAUUGCUGUAACACACCAGAGGGAGCCAAACGACAAUAAGUUGGCGGAGAAGGUCCCGAAAGGUCUGAUUGACAUCAUUCUGGGCGGCCAUGACCAUUACUACAAUCACAGCUUUAUUAAUGGAGUACACGUGCUCAGAUCAGGUACGGACUUCAAGCAAUUGAGUUAUAUCGAGGCUCGUCGGAGACCGAAUGUACCUGAUGAGUGGGAUUUCGACAUCAUAAGGCGGGACAUAACAUCAGAUGUUGUACCCGACCCAGCAAGCGUAACACUAGUCGAAAGACAAACAGCAUCUCUGAAGACGAAACUUGAAAAACCAAUCGGCUACACUGCAGCUCCUUUAGACGCUCGCUUCCGCACAGUCCGACUUAAAGAAUCAAACAUCGGUAAUUUUGUGUGCGACCUCAUGCGACACACCUAUCAAGCAGAUUGCGGCCUCAUGGCCGCCGGUACUAUCCGAGGUGAUCAAAUAUACCCACCAGGCGUGCUCCGACUGAAGGACAUUAUGAAUUGCUUCCCAUUCGAAGAUCCGGUAGUUGUCAUCAACGUAACUGGGCAAGCUAUCCUCGAAGCUCUCGAGAACUCCUUUCAUCCCGAAAAGCCAGAGGGGUCCCGCAUUAUAAGCUGUGAAGUUGCAGGCGGGCCGCUAGACAAGGACCGUGUGUAUAAGCUGGCGACAAGGGGCUAUAUGGCGCGCGGAAAGGAUGGGUAUGAUUCGCUACUCAUCGAAGCUGAGGGUGGUAAGGCAGUCGAAAUUGUGUCCGAGGAGAACGGUGUCCUGAUAUCGACACUGCUGCGACAGUACUUCAUGUCGUUGAAAGUGCUCGGGAAAUGGAAGAUGUGGGGGCCAAGUAUGGGUCGACAUUGGCAGGGCGUACAAAGGAAUUUGCAGGCCAAACACCCCCAUAUGGAGCCCCAGUCGCCGACGGACGAUGUUCUGGGAGCGUUCGAGUCGUUCGAGGCGGAACGCACGAAUCGAAGUCAAGUGACUGGGGAGACGGAUGGCGUUGAUGCGGACAGCGAGGAUGAGACCGCGACCACCAAACCGAUUUCGACGCAGUCGAGUCGGCAGGAACGAGAGCUGGAGGUUAUGAGACGAGUCAUGCGGAAAUGGUGGCGGCUGGCCGGGAUGACAGAGGAUGCAAAGCUAGGUCAGCCGUUAAACCAUGGCGAAUUCACUGUGAAUUGGACAACGGCAAUCGCUCCAAUGGUCGAAGGUCGUAUCAAGCAAUUCAGUCCUGUGAAGGCAUAGCAAUGGGGCUAAACUCAUGGGCAUAGAAAUUCUGACUACUCUACAAAAACAUACAAAGACUUUUGCGCCAUCGCGAGCGCUCUAGAACCCAAAAGAAUCCAACAAGCUGUUUGCGUCCGGCUCAUUGAAUUGC